UUUAUUAAGCAGGGGCGCAGCUUAAUAAGCCACUCCAUUACUGCGAUUUGGAGAGAGAUAGGGAGAGAGAGGGGUUUAUAACAGGAUGACAAAGAGAGCUUGAUGGCGUCCGCAGGUCUUCUUCUCGGGCUUAUCCCCUUAAACCAGGCGAGUUAAGGUCCGUAAUGAAGUGAGGGAGAUCAGCGAUCUGAGCUGAGGUGAGGUGGUGGUGACCGAUGGAUUUUGACGAGCACGAGGAGACGGAGGAGGAGAUGGGCUUGCCGGUGGGGUCUAGCUACGACGCACCGACUCCCAAUUCGCCGCCUGGAGGAGGAGGGGAUGGAGGGGGAGGCGACGGCGGCGGGGAAGGAGAAGAGGGGAUGGGGAGCGGCCGCAGAAAGGCAGGCGGGGGAGGGGGGAGGUACAGGGAGUGUUUGAAGAACCACGCGCUGGGGAUCGGAGGGCACGCGGUGGACGGGUGCGGCGAGUUCCUGGCGGCCGGCGAGGAGGGCAGCCUCGACGCCCUCCGGUGCGCCGCCUGCAACUGCCACCGCAAUUUCCACCGGCGCGAAGCAGGGGGCACCGGCGGCGGCGUAGUCGGAUACUACCACCACCAGUUCUCGCCGUUCUACCGAACGGCGGCGCCGGGGUACCUUCACCACCAGCAGCCCCUGGCAGUGGCGGCGCCGCCGCCGCAUCCGCAGCGGCACCACCUGGCGCUGAUCCCGUCGACUUCGCGCGGGGAUCGGGAGGCGGAGCUGGGGAUGGAGGAUCCGUACUCCGCCGCGGCGAUGAUGGGAAUGGGGCCGUCGUCGGCAGGGAGCCACGGCGGCGGCCGGAAGCGGUUCCGCACCAAGUUCACGCAGGAGCAGAAGGACAAGAUGCUUGCUUUCGCGGAGCGCGUGGGCUGGCGCAUCCAGAAGGAGGACGAGGCCGCCGUCCAGCAGCUUUGCGACGAGACCUCCAUCAAACGGCAUGUCCUCAAGGUCUGGAUGCACAACAACAAGCACACCCUCGGUAAGAACAAACCUACUUAAUUAUCUCAUUGUAACACUACCAUCGCCAUUAAUUAUAACAUCCUCCUCCUCCAUCAUCAUCAUCUUCUUCUUCUUCUUCUUCGAUUUGUACUAGUAGCCGUGUAGUUCGUUCUAGUGUUCUUAAUUAAUUAUGAAGACUACUAUAACUGUUGGAUUCAUCAGUUAGCUCUCCUCUUUUCUUCUCCAUGAGCUGCGGCUCUACUUUGGCUACUUAGUAGACGUGUCCUCCAUGCAAUGCUCAUGCUCAUUUUCCUCUCCCAACUCCUCUUCUUCUUCUUAUUCUCUAUAUAUGGUUAUAUUCGACUGGAAUUAAAUGAAGCCAGAGAGCUAGCCAACAGGGUAAAUGCGGUUUAAUUUUACUAGCUAGCCAGGCAUCAUCAAUGAACACACUCACAAUCAAUUUCUUCCUGGUAUAUGCCCUCGUUUGUGUUAUUUACUGGACGGCACGUUGUUUCCAUUAACCAACCUAUGGUUCAGCAUUGAUUACUGCCAUGUAGCAAAGCAGUCAGCAGACCAAACCUUGUCUCAUUAAUUAAUUUCCUCCACCACCACCACUGCCACCGCCAAGCUUCAUAUCAGGAUUGACUCCCCCCUCCCCCCAAUAUUCCUCUUCUCUUAUUCAAUAGUUGAGGAGGGUAGGAAGUUGGUUCCUCGUCAUUAAUUAUACGUCUGCUGCAACCCGACUUGGUUCCUCUUCAUUAAUUAUACGUCUUCUGCAACCCGACUAAAGAUGUGGGGUGGCAUGGAGCAUGGGAAUACAAUAGCUAAGUGAAUGGUGGUAACCGGUUACGCUCUCUGAUCAAGUUCAGAUUCAGAGAUGAAAUCAACAUAAAUUGACAGAACACAAUUCCCCAAGCCAGCGUGCAUGGACCCGGCUGGUGCCUCUCGCAGCUCCCUCUGCAUCAUGUGACUCCAGCAUAUUCAUGCACUGCAGUGUUGUCUUCUCGGAGGAUUUCAUCAAUGUAUGCAGGAUCGUAUAUUCAUCAUGUGGACCACCACGUAAAGGGGUGGGUGCAAAGUACUAAUGAAGAAGAAGAAGAAGAAGAAGAGGAGUGUGGAUGGUGUGAUGACUUGGGAAAGUGAAGGGAGAAAGCAAAGGAGUCUGGUGCGUUCCAAUUCUACAUGUGCAGUGGUGCAUGUGGAGGAUCGGAAUGUGCAUGCAUUGAUGUGUGUGUUGUGUGUAUAAAGAGAUAUAUAAUGAUGGAGAGAUAUUUGUCUCCUGAGGGAGAUCAUGAAGUAAAAGAUGGAGCUAAGGAGGUAGCUGCAUGUGUGUCUCCCGUGAGGAAGGAAGGGAGGUUAAUGGUAGGUGGUGGAGGCCCAGAGCUCUUGUUCUUCAACAGUGAAGUGUCUUUGGACCUGUUAACUAAUGGAAAAUUACUUGUUGCUCUCUCUCUAUAUAUAGCACUAUAUAUAUCUUCAUGUAAUAGAUGAUCAUAUCCUUAUGAAAAAGUGCACUUGUUCUAAGGAAAGAAGAGCAUAUAAUCCAAAUGCACACUCAAUUGCGUACGUA